CUGAAACCUAUAAAACCUCCAGAACAUCUCCAGCCCCAUUUCUGCUUACUAUCCGCAGUAAAGGCUUCUUCUUUAUCAAGAAAUCCUGCAGAUCUGCUGCUUUCUUCAGGGGCGGAGAGAUUUUUGAGUCCGCAUGAAAUCUUAAAUCGGGCAGAGAUAGACGGAGGAGAUGAUGGGCAAUGGGGAUCUGUUCAAAUCCUCGACGCUCAUAAAAAUGGCCGCCCUGGCUUCCUUAGCCGUCGCUUUCUUCUACUUCGGCAAGCACUGGUCGUACGGCCGACAGCCGCCGCUCGUCUUCUUCAAUUCCCGCCAAUACACUUCUCCUUCCGCCGGUUCGGACCCUGCCGUUUUGCUCUCCCCUAAUUUUAACAAAACCUUCGAUUUGUCGUCUGUCAUAAACGAAACCGCCAUGGACAGUGGCCAGCAGCAGCUCAAGGAAGAGGAGAAGCAGAAACAGCAGCCGGAUGCUUCCCCUCCUCCCCCGCUGCAUCCGCCACCUCCCCCGCCCACUCCGGCUUUUCAGAGAAUGGGGGUGGUGGACGAGAAUGGAGUGAUGACGGAAGAGUUUGAGGUGGGGGUGUUCGAUGCGGACGUAGUGGACAAUUGGGGGCAAGGGAAUGAGACGAAUGUGGAUGAGAGGGAGGAAGGGAAGAGUGUUAGGGUUAGUAAGUUUCCAUUGUGCUCAAAUAGCUUCAGAGAAUACAUACCUUGCUUAGACAAUGCCGAGGCCAUUCAGAAAUUGAAAUCCACUGAGAAAGGAGAGAAAUUUGAGCGGCAUUGUCCUGACAAAGACAAGGUCUUGAAUUGCUUGGUUCCUGCACCUAGAGGUUACAGAGCUCCCAUUCCAUGGCCCAGAAGUCGCGAUGAGGUUUGGUUCAGCAAUGUCCCACAUGCUCGCUUGGUUGAAGAUAAAGGAGGCCAAAAUUGGAUUACAAUAGACAAGGAUAAGUUUAAGUUUCCUGGAGGUGGUACUCAAUUCAUUCACGGGGCAGAUCAGUACUUGAAUCAGAUUGAAGAGAUGGUCCCUGAAAUUGCAUUUGGGCGCCAUACACGUGUUGCUUUGGAUAUUGGCUGUGGUGUGGCAAGCUUUGGUGCUUAUCUACUAUCACGUGAUGUGCUCACCCUCUCAAUUGCUCCAAAAGACGUCCAUGAAAACCAGAUUCAGUUUGCACUUGAGCGUGGUGUACCUGCCAUGGUGGCUGCUUUUGCUACGAGGCGUUUAUUAUAUCCGAGCCAGGCCUUUGAGUUGAUUCAUUGUUCUAGAUGCAGGAUAAAUUGGACACGUGAUGAUGGUAUUUUGCUACUUGAGGUCAACCGGAUGCUUCGCGCCGGAGGCUAUUUCAUUUGGGCCGCACAGCCUGUUUAUAAACAUGAACCAAACUUAGAAGAGCAGUGGGAAGAGAUGGUUAAUCUUACAAACAAUCUUUGCUGGAGACUUGUGAAGAAGGAAGGUUAUAUUGCAAUAUGGCAGAAGCCUUUAAAUAACAGCUGCUAUUUAAACCGAGUGGAAAGGAGUCAUCCACCAUUAUGUGGACCAGAUGAUGACCCAGACAAUGUCUGGUAUGUUGAUUUGAAAGCAUGCAUUACAAGACUCCCAGAGGAUGGGUAUGGUGCAAAUGUGACGAAUUGGCCUGCCCGCCUUAAAGAUCCUCCAGAUAGGCUGCAAAGCAUAAAAGUUGACGCUUAUAUAUCUAGAAAAGAGCUUUUCAGGGCUGAACUGAAAUACUGGGUUGAAAUAAUUGAUGGCUAUGUCCGUGCAUUGCAUUGGAAGAAGUUCAAACUUAGAAAUGUGUUGGACAUGAGAGCCGGUUUCGGAGGAUUUGCUGCAGCACUGAUUGAAGCCAAGUUUGAUUGUUGGGUUCUGAAUGUGGUUCCAGUUAGUGGACCAAACACUUUACCUGUUAUUUAUGACCGUGGACUUAUUGGGGUUUUGCAUGAUUGGUGUGAAGCGUUUGAUACAUACCCAAGAACAUAUGAUUUCUUGCAUGCUAAUGGCCUCUUUUCCAUUGAGCGAAAAAGAUGCAACAUUUCCGCCAUCAUGCUUGAAAUGGAUCGGAUAUUGAGGCCGGGUGGACGGGUAUACAUCCGUGACUCUGUUGCGGUCGUGGAUGAGCUUCGGGAGGUUGGGAAUGCUAUGGGUUGGCAUGUCACAGUACGAGAGACAUCAGAAGGCCCUCACGCCAGCUAUAGGAUCUUGACCGGUGACAAACGCCUCUUGCGAGCCUGAAGAAGUAGUAGAAAGAUUCUGAUGAUUACAUUCAUUUCCAAGAAAGAUGGAAGUAACUAACAAGUAACAACUACUGCUAUACUCUUCCUUGUUUCAGUCACAGCUGUGUUCAUGUGCUGCAUAUCGUAAAUAUUUGGCCUCAACGUGUAAUAUCUUUACUUCGGGAGGGUUCUUUUGGAAGUCAAAAACUCAUUUGCUGCAAACCUGAUUUGAUAUCCUUCUGUGUUUCUUUUGACUCCCAAUGCCUAAGCAUUCGCGCCACAAUAGUUUCGCCUCUCCCCUCUCACCAAAGUCAAACAACGACAAAAAUCAUUUUGGUCAUCAAAUUUUCAUGUGUGUGUCUUGUAUUUUACCAUCUGUUCGUUCUGUUGGAAUAUGUAUUUCUCGUUGGUUUCUCUCCUUUUGAUUUCUGUCCUUUUUAAAUGGGUUGCUUGCUUUAUACAUUUUCAAAGUUUUACACCAUUCAAGUGAUGUAUUAAAGUGUAAUUUGUACUGUUAUGGUUCAUCUUGUUACACUCCAAGAAUUCAAGGUACUGUUAUGUGCAAUUGUGCAUAGAUUAAAAUUUGAACUUUAAAUAAGGAGUGUCUCGACGACAAUAAUUUGUAAAAAAAGUGUGGUUUCAAACUCCAUAUAUGUGUAGGAAUGAAUUCUAAACUCGGGA